AUGUCAUCCGAGCAGACAUACGAUUUCAUCGUCGUGGGAGGUGGUCCGGCUGGGUGCACUCUGGCCUCGCGAUUAGCACAAUUGGCCGGAAAACCAAGUGUGCUCCUCCUGGAAGCCGGAGGUCGAAAUGACGACAGGUCACUGCGCGUCGAUGGUACCAUUCAUGUCGUUGAGUACAACAAGUAUGCCUGUCCCGCGGCCGGUGAUCACGGCACCAAGGGUGUUCUGGGUAUUGGCUAUGCAAAGGAGUGGGAGCAGGACUUGCCUUUGGUGCUGGACGCCCUUGAGCAGGCUGGCUUCCCAAGAAACAACGAUCAUAACUCGGGCAACCCAAUUGGAAUGGCCCUUUCCAUCAACUCCGCGCGCGAGGGGCUACGAACCACUGUCACCGAUCUGCUUGCUGCUGCCCCCGCAAAUCUGGUCACCAUUACCGAGAGCCCGGUGCAGCGCGUUAUUAUGGAGGGAAAGAAGGCUGUUGGUGUCGAAUCCAACGGCAACCAAUUGUUCAACAUACCAGUAGUCCACGACCUCCCAGCCGUAGGCCAAGGCCUACGCGACCACCUCUUCGUCCCCGUGGCCGUAACACGCAACCCAGAGACCAACGACCGGAACUCCUUCUUCAAACACCAAGCCGCAAUGGCCAGCGCCAUGAAGCAAUGGGAAACAGACAACACCGGCCAAUGGGCACGCUACUUGAGUCUAGCCAUGAUGCUAAUGAACGAACAAUCUGUGGGAGAAGUGCGACUGCAAUCAUCGAACCCGGACGACCCUCUUCUCUUCGAUCCCAAGUUCCUGGAACAUUCCUUCGACAGACGCGCCUGUAUCGAGAUCUACAAACACCUAAUGGAAGUGAUGAACCAUCCUUCAUUCGCGAAGGAUACCGUUUCCACAAUCCAAGGCCCCUCUUCUGAGUCCGACGAGGAUAUUCUCGAGUUUUGGCGGAACAACCUGUCGUCUACGUGGCAUAUGACCGGGACUGCGAAGAUGGCUACGGCCUAUGUGACAAGUGCUACGGCUGCUGAUGUUUUGAUUCGUGAUUAUGGGUUGGAUGAGAAAGCUCGGGUGUGA